AUGCAGCGGAUGAAGGAGUCAGAAACAAUCAAUGAAUAUUGUGACAAACUUCCAAGCAUUGUCAACAACGUAAGGUUUCUUGGAACUGAGUUUUUUGAUACAAGGAUAGUCCAAAAAAUUCUUGUGACUGUUCCUCAGAGGUUUGAAUCUACCAUUUCUUCUUUGGAAAAUUCCAAAGAUCUGUCAAACAUUUCUUUAUCAGAAUUGGUGUGUGCUUUGCAAGCUCAAGAACAAAGGAUACUUAUGAGGGAGGAAGACACGAUUAAAGGUGAUUUACAAGCAAAAUUGAAGCUCAAUCAAGGCCACAAAGGAAAGAAGAAAAAGGUCCAAUGUAAAAACUUUGAGAAAGGAUAA